GCACAUAUUACGAUAUUUAUCUUGACGACUUACAUUGCUGUCCUGGGCCCUGGAUAAUAAACCUCUUCCUCUCAAUUCUUCAUUCUGCUUAAUUUCCCACCUCUCUAUUCUUUUCCCUUCCACUUGCGCUCACAGGCGAUCUGCUUCUUGAAAUAGCGACUCGUAAUGCUUGACGCAUUUGAAAUCAUCACGACCUCAGGUGUCGUCCUCUGGUCAAGGACAUUCACGCCCCUCCAUGCGAAUUUGAUCAACAACUUCAUCUCCGAUGUCUUCAUUGAAGAAAAAGGGGCCAAUGCCGCUACUCGCGACGACCAGUUAUCCUCUACGAACCCUCCAUACAAGAGCGACCAGCAUACUCUAAAAUACACCUUUGUGAAGGAACUGGGUGUCAUCUUCGUGGCCGUCUACCGCUCCCUCCUCCAUCUCUCGUGGAUAGACAAGCUCGUCGACAACAUCAAGACCCUCUUUGUCGACCUCUACGGCGAUCAACUCAAGAAACCCAACACCACCAUUAUCGAAUGUCAUGGUUUCGAUGAAUACUUCGAUCAACAGGUUAGAGAGUUGGAGGGUUCGGCAUCCAAGGGAGCAGCUGCCGUCCCGGAAGGAGCCCUCCCUCAAGAGGAACCCACAUUGUCGGGCAACCUAGGCGAUGAGCCUCCGCUUCCACCAGGACUACGCUACAAAGGUCGAGCGCUGAACGGCGCAAACUCGGGCGAGGAGCCGUCAGCCGAAUCGACCCCCAACCUCAGCCCGACCACAUCCCGACCCUCUACACCCUCUGCCGCCGCCGCUCAUCUUGUCGUCGGCAAACCUGGCCCCGGCGGCAAGCUGUCUCGCCGGGCUCGAAAGAUGCAGAAUGCCGGGGCGAGCCACGGAGCCGUGUCUUCGGGCGACGAAGCGGCCGCUAGGAGGACCAAGCCCGUCAAGACCGCCAAGAAAGGGAGGAAGUGGACCGACGAUGGUUUGGCCGACGAGCAAGACGAUGUGCAGCUCGACUACUCCAUUCCUUCUCAGACUGGCAUCGCCGCCGACGCCUCCACCGCCGCUCGCUCCUCAGCCGUAGAACACGUCGACUCGUCUACCUGGGGAUCCACCACGACCAAGGGCCAGUUCAUCCUUAAGGACCUUGACGACGAGGUCCACGACAUCCUGGCUUCGGCCAAGUCCAAGGCGGAUGCCAACAACAACAAGUCCACAUCAGCCAGUGGCCUCCUAGGCUCCGGCCUCAACACUAUCAGCGGGCUCUUCCGAAACGUCGUCGGAGGGAAGACUUUGACCAAGGAAGACCUGGACAAGGCCAUGAAGGGCAUGGAGGAGCAUCUCCUCAAGAAGAACGUGGCCCUCGAAGCUGCUGUCCGCUUAUGCGAGGGUGUUGAGAAGGAGCUCAUCGGUGUCAAGACGGGCAGCUUUGAAAGUAUCAGCAGCCGUAUUCAGUCCGCCAUGGAAGCCUCUUUGACAAAAAUGCUCACCCCGACCAACUCCCUCGACCUCCUUCGCGAAAUUGACGCCAUCACCCGUCCCGGUCCUGCCUCUCUCCGCACCCCUCGCCCCUACGUCGUCUCCAUCGUCGGCGUGAACGGCGUCGGAAAGUCCACCAACCUCUCCAAGAUGUGCUUCUUCCUUCUCCAGAACAAAUACCGCGUCCUCAUCGCCGCCGGUGACACCUUCCGCUCCGGCGCCGUCGAGCAGCUGGCCGUUCACGUCCGCAACCUCAAGGAGCUGACCAUCCGCGAGGGCGGCCACGUCGACCUCUACCAGAAGGGGUACGGCAAGGAUGCUGCCCAGGUCGCACGCGAUGCCGUCGCCCACGCCACCGCAGAGGGCUACGACGUUGUGCUCAUAGAUACCGCCGGUCGCCGCCACAAUGACCAGCGCCUCAUGAGCUCUCUUGAGAAAUUCGCCGACUUUGCCAAGCCCGAUAAGAUUCUCAUGGUCGGCGAGGCCCUCGUGGGAACCGAUUCGGUCGCCCAAGCCCGCAACUUCAACGCCGCUUUCGGCGCCACCCGUUCCCUCGAUGGCUUCAUCAUAUCCAAGUGCGACACCGUCGGCAACAUGGUCGGCACUCUUGUCUCCCUCGUCCACGCCACCGGUGUGCCCGUGCUCUUUGUCGGCGUUGGUCAGCACUACUCCGACCUGCGUAACUUCAGCGUCAAGUGGGCCGUCGAGAAGCUGCUGAGCAGUUCAUAGAUGGGCAUCGCCAUCUAUCAAUCUAUCUUCUUUACCCUAGUACAUAAGUGUUAAUAAUGACCCUUUCUAUCCCAUGCCUAUUUGUCUCAUCUUGUGCUGCCAUGCCCAUCACACCAAAAUCCGUAAAACACAUAACAAGGAUCUGCCGCGCAUUCUGCAUGAGCUGCCCGCUUGGACCAGUGUUGAGGAGGUGCAGGUUAGCCUUAUAUAGAGACAUCGAGCAAAAGUUUUUGAAUAGCAUCCGAAUUAUUACUAUAUAUACUAUGGGGCAUGGUCAUAAUAUGGCGAUGCAAAAAGAGAGCGCGAAUGACAGCCAGCAGACGCUGAUAUUGUAUCUCGAGUUGGUGCAAAGCAAAAAUAGCAGCAGAGCCAGUUAGCAAAAAAGCAUACC